AAACCACCGCCCCCGCCCCCCCCGCCGCCCAUCACAGCACCGCCUCGCCAUACAAGCCCUCGCCAUGGCUUUGGGGAGCCCGCGCCCGGCAGCAGCCGCCCCUCUCCUGGCCCUCUCGCUGCUGCUCUGCGGGGCCCUAGAGAGCAGCCGCGCUCUGCACACCAAAGGGGCCCUUCCUCUGGACACCGUCACUUUCUACAAGGUAAUUCCGAAGCAUAAGUUUGUCCUGGUGAAAUUUGACACUCAGUAUCCUUAUGGGGAGAAGCAAGAUGAGUUCAAAAAGGUGGCUGAAAGCUCAGAAUCCAGCGAUGACUUGUUGGUGGCUGAAGUGGGAAUCUCAGAUUAUGGGGACAAGCUGAACUUGGAGCUAGGAGAGAAGUACAAACUGGAGAAAGAUGCCUAUCCCGUUUUUUACUUGUUCCAAGAUGGCGACUUGGACAACCCUUUGUCUUAUGGUGGUGAGGUGAAAGCGAGUUCUCUCCAGCGUUGGCUAAAGAGCAAAGGCAUCUAUAUGGGCAUGCCAGGUUGCUUGAAGGAGUUUGACACCUUGGCGAGCCAGUUUGUGAACACCCCCGAAGCGUCGGAGCGCCAAACUCUCCUGGAAGACGGGCGCCAACUCCUGGAGAAAGCCAGAGAGACUGAGCGGAAAUCUGCCGAGCAGUACGUCAAGGUCAUGAACAAGAUCCUUGCCCAGGGUGACAAGUUUACCGCCAGCGAAGUCUCCCGGAUCACCAAACUGAUUGAGGAGAACAAGAUGAGUGAUGGGAAGAAAGAGGAACUCCAGAAACGCUUGAACAUCCUUGCUUCGUUCCAAAAGAAGACGAAAGGCGAGAAAGAAGAGCUUUGACCAGCCAGGAAGGAAUGAUGCACAAGCUGUGAGGUCAGACCAGGUCAGGGUCUUGAACCCGUGCUCCUUUAAACAAGCAAGAACAUCCCACCGUCUUUUUGAAGAGGCUGUGGAAUUCCUCCUCUUAAAAGACUCUUGGUUCUUUAAACAAAAAAUACAUACUCUGUGGAACGCCUCCCUUAUUUGUGACUUUGCAGAACACUGCCAUUACCAGCGGUAUGAACACUACUGUCAUUCCUUGAGGGCAUCACUGGUGGAAGGUCCAUUAGAACUUUGAUCAAAAGGCGAGGUUGUCCUAAAAUAACGUUUUUGUUCAUGGGGUGCUGACCUUACUGGGCAUCUUCUCAAGAUGGCUGCCCUCAGGACUUGGUGCAGCCUGUUCUUAGGUGGAUUUUCAAGAUGGCUACCCUUGGAACACUGGGCAACCUGUUCUUGUUGGCCAAAUUAUCUAGGUCAGUGGGUGACCCGCCAAGCCCACUCUGCCUACCAGCCAAGUCAUGUGGUUUACCAGGUGCUUGAAAAUCCCCCUCACUCAAUUUUUGCGGUCCUGGGCAACAAAAAGAGGAGGAAUAAUGAGCCCUUGGUGGACCAAACAUGGCAGAUGGUGGAAGAUAUUCAGCUUGGUGGGUCACCAGUUUUAUGGAGGCCCCAUCAAGGCGGAUGCCCUCAGAAUGUUUCCCAGUGGUCUUACUGGCGAAUGAUCAAGAUGACCACCAUUGUAUUGUUGUGCAGUCUGUGGAGAGUUUGACUAGCUUAGCAAAUAGGGUGAGGAAGGUUGGGGUGGGGUUGUUUUUUUAUGUUUUGGGGAGCAUCGGUUUGGACAAAGCAAAACGUGUGUUUGAGAGAGGGAGGUGAAAUGGAAGUUCUCUUCCUGACCAGUAUUUGCAGAUUGGCUGAGGGGAAGUUUUAUGGUGGUACUUCAUUUGCUAAUAAAGGUUAUCUGAAAAGUAA